AGUAAAGUAAUAUAAUAAAAAAUCUCUCGUUGGCUUCCUUGUUAGAAAAUUUAAAAUUUUAUAUACAAGUUGAGAGAGAAUGUGGAAGUUGAAGAUAGCAGAAGGGGAAGGGCCAUGGCUGACAACUACAAACAAUCACAUAGGAAGACAGCACUGGGAAUUUGAUGAAAAAGCUGGAACUCCUCAAGAAAUUGCUCAAAUUGAGAUGAUGCGUCAAGAAUUCAAAAAGCAUAGAUUUGUUCACAAACAAAGUGCUGACUUGUUCAUGCGAAUGCAGCUAAGAAAGGAGAAUUCAUAUGGUCCAACUCCACCAGCAGUGAAAUUGGAAGAAUCAGAAGAUAUAACAAAAGAAGCAGUAAAGAUUACUCUAAGAAGAGCUAUUAAUUUCUAUUCAUCAAUUCAAGCACAUGAUGGUCACUGGCCUGCUGAAUCUGCUGGACCUUUGUUCUUUAUACAACCUUUGGUUAUGGCAUUGUAUGUUACAGGUGCUCUUAAUACUGUUUUAUCACAAGAACAUCAAAAGGAGAUUAAACGCUACCUUUACAAUCAUCAGAACGAAGAUGGAGGGUGGGGAUUUCAUAUAGAGGGUCACAGCACAAUGUUUGGUUCAGUACUUAGUUACAUAGCAUUGAGAUUACUUGGAGAAGGACCAGAAGAUGGUGAAGAAAAUGCAGUGGCUAAAGGUCGUCAAUGGAUACUUGAUCAUGGUGGUGCUAUAGCUACUCCUUCUUGGGGAAAAUUUUGGUUGGCGGUGCUUGGAUUAUAUGAGUGGGAAGGCUGCAACCCAAUGCCACCAGAAUUUUGGCUGCUCCCUACACAGUUUCCUAUUCAUCCAGGAAAAAUGAUGUGUUAUUGUCGCUUAGUAUAUAUGCCCAUGUCAUAUUUAUAUGGAAAAAGGUUCGUAGGUACUAUAACCAGUUUGGUGCAAUCUUUGAGAGACGAAAUUCAUACUCAACCUUAUCACGAAAUUAAUUGGAAUAAAGCAAGGAGUACUUGUGCUAAGGAGGAUCUUUACUAUCCACAUCCAUUGAUACAAGAUGCAUUGUGGGGAUUCCUCCAUCAUGUUGCGGAACCAAUUUUGACAAGAUGGCCAUUCAAAGCAUUGAGGGAAAAGGCAUUGAAACUAGCAAUGAAACAUAUUCACUAUGAGGACGAGAAUAGCAGAUACCUAUGCAUUGGCUGUGUGGAAAAGGUCUUGUGUCUCCUUGCUUGUUGGGUGGAAGAUCCAAAUUCAGAAGCAUAUAAACGCCACCUUGCUCGUUUACCAGAUUAUUAUUGGAUAGCAGAAGAUGGCUUAAAAUUUCAGUCCUUUGGUUGUCAACUGUGGGAUGCAGUUUUUUCAAUCCAAGCAAUUUUAUCAAGUGAUAUUGCUCAAGAGUUUGGACAAACCAUCAAGAAAGCACACAGCUUUCUUAAAGCAUCACAGGUCCAAGACAAUCCUUCUGGGGACUUCAAAAAAAUGUAUAGGCACAUAACUAAAGGUUCUUGGACAUUUUCCAUGCAAGAUCAUGGUUGGCAAGUUCCUGACUGCACUUCUGAAGGACUAAAGUGUGCACUUUUACUUUCACAAAUGCCAACAGAACUUGUUGGCGGAAAAAUUGAGAAUCAUCGCUCAUUUGAUGCUGUAAAUAUUAUUUUGUCACUGCAGGUAAGUUGCACGAGAUUAAUGUUCAUAUUAGUCACGAACGACAAAUAUAAUCUUUCUUUGUUUAAUCCUACAGAAUUUUUCGAGGACGCUUUAGUUGAGCGAGAGUAUGUGGAAUGCACUUCUUCAGCAAUUCAUUCUCUAACAUUGUUUAAGAAGUUUCACCCUGGACAUCGAACGAAGGAGAUUGAAGCUUCAAUUAAAAAAGGUUUACAAUAUAUUGAGAACACACAAAAUCCUGAUGGCUCAUGGUAUGGUUGCUGGGGAAUAUGCUAUACAUAUGGAACAUGGUUUGCAGUAGAUGGAUUAGUAGCUUGUGGAAAAACAUAUCGUAGUUGUCAUGCACUUCAAAAAGCAUGUGACUUUUUGCUGUCAAAACAAUUACAAGAUGGUGGAUGGGGUGAGAGUUAUCUGUCCAAUACAUGCAAGGUUUAUACGAACCUCGAAGGUGAUCAAUCAAAUUUGGUUCAAACUUCAUGGGCAUUGUUAGCUCUCAUUAAUGCUGGACAGUGUGAAAUUGAUCCCACACCAAUACAUCGUGGAAUAAGAUUGUUAAUAAAUUCACAAAUGGAAGAUGGUGACUUUCCUCAACAGGGAAUAACUGGUGCAUUUAUGAAGAAUUGCACUUUGAACUAUUCAUCAUAUAGGAAUAUUUUCCCAAUGUGGGCUGUUGGUGAAUAUCACAAACGUCUUAUGAAACUAAAGGGGAUUUGAUAUGAUUGUUUAUCAAAUAAUAUGAAUAUGCACAAUAAAAUAAUGAGUCGUUUACUUUUAAAAUAUGUAGUAUAUCAAAUUAUUUCGUUUUAUUCUUAUGUAUAUCUUGAUACAAAUAGAAAUUUGAAAAUGUGUGAUAAUACGUGUGAGAGAGUCAAUGACAGACAUACGAUUUAUGUUAUGAGUUCUCAAGCGCCGUUACUUUUAGAGUCAAAACACUAUUACUUAUAUAGAAAUAUUAGUAAUUCAUACAAAAAUAUAUUAACUGAGCACCCAAUCUCAAAAAUAAUUUUUAAAUUAAAAAUAGUUGAGCACCCGUAAGGUAAAAAAUCUGAAUUUGCC